UCAGCUACCUGAUAGAUAUAGAUAUAUGUAGAUGGAAAUUAAAUCAAAAGAUUAGCGUAGACUAAUCAACCCAACACACUAAUUAAGCUAGGAAUACUAAUAUGGCUUCUUCCGAAUCAUUAGUCAUCGUUUCCUUCUUCUUGCUGCAGCUUAUUCUAACCAUUGGUCCUCUAUUCUUCAGCGAAGCGGUUGCAAUAACUAUGGCGCCGCCGCCACCUGAAAACGUAACAGUUGGUAAUAGAAGAACUUCUUCAGCUGUCUUCGCCUUCGGGGACUCGAUUCUUGAUACCGGCAACAAUGACCAUAUCGCGACUUUGAUAAAGUCCAACUUCCCUCCCUACGGAAGGGAUUUUCCGGGAAGAAUCCCCACCGGUAGAUUCUCCGAUGGAAGGCUCAUUUCGGACUUCAUAGUUGAAAGUUUGGGAAUCAAGUAUCUUUUACCACCUUAUCUCGAUCUGAAUCUUCAAGCUAAGGAGCUCAUCACGGGAGUGUGUUUUGCCUCGUCUGGUUCUGGUUAUGAUCCCAAGACACCAAAAAUAUUGGUAAUGACUUUCUUGACUUUGUAUUAACACUGAGAAAAAUUACUUUUUGCUAAUGUAUACUUAUAUAAGUUAUUUCUAAUCAUGACUUGUUUGAAAUAUGUAUAUCAGUCGGUCAUAUCGAUUCCGAAUCAACUCAAUCUCUUCCAACAAUACGUGGGGAAGUUGAGAAACAUCGUGGGAGAGCAGACAUCAAACGACUUCGUUGAAAACAGCAUUUAUGUAAUAUCAUGUGGCAACAACGACGUCUUAUUGGCCUCUUUGUUUCAUACCAGAACAAAGUCGUCGUCGGAAAUGGCUUCAUACGCUGGCUUUCUCGCCGGCCGGGCUUCCGCCUUUCUAAGGCAGCUGUACGGGCUGGGAGCUCGAAAGAUCGUUCACCUGAGUGCAUUAACGACGGGAUGUAUCCACGCCUUCAGAACUUUGCUCGGCGGAGUACAGAGGCAAUGUUCCGACGAGUCCAACGAGCUGGCCGUGAUGUUCAACGAGAAGCUUGGCCACGAAAUUCAGCGACUUAACGACGACGUUUCGCUUCCUGACUUGAGCGUCCAGUUUGUUGACGUGUACACGCCUUUGUUAGAUAUGAUUAGGCGCCCUGAAAAUUAUGGGUUUGUCGUAACGAAGGACGGAUGCUGCGGGACAGGAACUAUAGAGUUUGGAUUUCUUUGCAACCGAUUGAGCCCUUCGACUUGUGUCGAUACUUCAAAGUACAUUUUUUGGGAUGGUCUUCAUCCCACGGAAAAGGCCUAUAAAAUCUUAACUUUCUGUAAUCAUGAAAGACAUAAAUAGGCUAUUGUAUUGAAAUCCUAUGUGGCCGUUGCUGCCUAGCUACAUCCACUAUACAGAGGAUUCUGCGUUAACUGUGCUUCUUGAGUUCUUUCCAUUCCUCUGGUUGGAAAUUUGGAUGAUCUGGACUAAUAUGAUCGAAUUGGUUUGGAGCUCAGACAAAGCCAAUCGAUUUUUUUUAUAUAGAA